GCUUUGUGUGAAUCGGGCCUGUUUGUAUGCUUCAUUGGCUGCAGUGAUUCUGCCACAUCCACACUGGUGGUGAUGCCCGUCACUGGUCUCCAUUUUCAUGUUUGUGUUUCUGCUGCUGAUGGGAUGCUUUUGGUAUACAAGAUGCUGCCACACAAAGUGAUGCAGCCUCCCCCCGAGUGAGCGAGCAGCACUGGCUACUUCAGCCAAUCAGAUGCCUCUCUCUGGCACUCUCUGCUUCUUAAUUGGCCAACAGCGACUGAAAGAACAGCUGAUCCAAGUGUGGAGGCUGAUUUAUCGUCCACCCAGCCAGCACAGGAGAGGCAGAGACAGAGGACGGGCUUGCAUAGAGAGAUAGAAAGAGAAAGAAAGGCUUGUGAGUGCGAAAGAAUCUGCUGCUGAAUCUCAUCACCUGUAUCUAGCCUGGCAAAGAUGAACCACAACUCUGGAGAAAAAGAGCCUGAGACCACAGAGCCACUGCGCUACCUCAGUAAAACAGAGAUGGCUGCCAUUGAGACAGAGCUCCUCACAGACUAUCGUUUUGGACAACAGCAGCUGAUUGAGAUUUGGGGACAUGCCUGUGCCAUUGCCAUCACCAAGGCCUAUCCUCUGAGCUCUCUGACCAAGAAACAGCCUACAGUCUUGGUUAUUUGUGGGCCAGAGCAAAACGGUGCCAUUGGCUUGGUUUGUGCUCGUCACCUGCGCAUAUUUGAGUAUGAGCCCACAAUUUUUUAUCCCAAACGCUCUCCUGAUAACUUGCAUCAGGACUUUACCAUUCAGUGUGAGAAGAUGGACAUUCCUUUCCUUUCUUAUCUUCCAACUGAGGUCCAGCUCAUAAACGAUGCCUAUAAUCUGGUGAUUGAUGCUAUUGUGGGGCCAGAAAUAGACCUUAAAGAUGUAAAAGAGCCCUAUUCUGGAAUAUUGGUCACCCUCAAACAGGUGAAAAUCCCCAUCGCCAGUUUGGAUGUGCCCUCAGGGUGGGACGUUGAUGAAGCAAGUAAAGAUGGAAUCAAUCCAGAGGUUCUCAUCUCACUGACAGUCCCCAAAAUGUGUGCCUCAAGUUUCUCGGGGAAGCAUUUUCUAGCCGGACGUUUCCUUCCGUAUGACAUGCAGAAAAAAUAUGAACUCAAUCUGCCUGAAUUUCCAGGGACUGACUGUUUUAUAGAACUGUAACACUGGCAACAAUAAAAACAUAUUUUGCAUAUGUAUUAAUUAUAUAAACACAUUCAGAUUUUGUACUUUAUAGGUGGUUACUGUGUUUAAUCGUCUAGAAGUUUGUGCACAGAGACUGUUGUGGUGGCUGGAUAUGAUGUGGGUAUGUACUUAGGUAAAAGUGCUUAGCUUAAGUUAUUAUUAUUUGUGUUUGCUUGGGAAAAAAAAGGCAAAACGAUUCAAUUCUGUAUUUUUGUUCAUAUAUUUAUGCAAUUUCACAAGAUACAAUUGACAAUUGGUAAAGCUUUUUUCCUUGCAUUAAAAUUUCAUUGAAUUUUAUGGUUAAAAAAACCCUGCAAUAUUCAUUACUAGUGAUAGUUUUAGACAGUAACACUGGAGAAUGUAUUAAAUUAUUCUAUAUAAUACAUACAAUUGAACUGUAUUUCUGCUGCCAUUUUUUUAAUCUUAUAUUUAUAUGUAUUUUUUUUUAAGAACCUUUUUAAAUAGCACAGGGUUGACCAAAACACGAACCUGUCAUACGGUUAAACAGUGAAUAGAUUGGUAGUUUCUUAGUUUUAAAAAGGAUGUGUUUAACACCAGAUCUCGAACUCAAAUAAAUUCUCUUUGAACCUG